AUGUUUUCAAAGCCCUCGCUCAAGCCGUUUAAUUUUUUCUUUGAUCCUGCCCCACAUGAUGUGAACUGUAGCAACAAUCUCUUCUCAUAUCUGAAAAACGCCAGCCAGGAGAUUGUUCCAGGCCUUGAGAACAGCGUCUGCUUUAACCCCCGUGAAAUAGGACUACCAUGGUCAACCGCCUUCCCGAUCGCUGUUCACAGCAAGUACUGGCAGGAUGCUAGAAUAGCUGCAGAAGAUUUACUGCGUCGAAUCCGUUUUGGCCAGAAUGCAGAUCAAGAAGAAUUGAACGAACGUGACCAUCUCUUGCUGGAUAGUGCUGUUUCUGCGCCAAUCCAUAUGUUUCCUGGAGCGAGCUCAAGCCAGGCUAAGGUUUUAGCCAAGGGAAACGUGUUUAUAUUUGUUCAUGAUGGUAAUGGACAGCAAAGGACAUGGUCGGGUAAGAAUGUUCUAUAUAAUAUCAUCAUUAUUACUAGUGAUCAUCUAACAUUUGAGCCUCUCCCUGAAGAUUCAAGUGCAUACCAUCGACAAUGGAAAAACCAAUUGUUCCAGGAAUGGGUUAACGAGUGCGUCGAGGAGAAUAUUAAUGGUGGUCUACAGUUUGUUCAUGGGGCACUUCACUGGGCUAAACAUACACUUGAAAAUCCACUAAGGAGUGGCGGGGAAUUUACAGUAUGGUCUGACUAUGUGGAAUAUCGCAACAAGGACUUCCUGAGCAUUGCUGUAAGUGGAAUGUUACAGCUUUCAACCGGCGUGGAGGUCUCUGAUUCAGAGAAACUGCCGUUAAGUGAGAUGUAUACAUUAUAUAUGACGCACUUUAGUCUCACAAAUGAUCUCUACUCAUAUGAGAAAGAGGUCAUAGAGGCUGAAGAAUAUGGAACUCCGGUUACAAACGGAGUUGCGGUCCUUGAGCAGAUUCUCAAUGUAUCUGGAGAAACUGCGAAAUCCAUACUGCGCUCGAUCCUUAUCGGCCUUGAGAAGAAGCUUGAUGCUAUCUACAACGCCCAUACGAAAUCUGGCAAGCUCAAUUUGAGACAACUUCGAUAUGCAAGGGCAAUGCUUGAAGGAUUGGCCGGCAAUAUAUUCUAUUCCGCGACUGCCGGUCGUUACGCUCGUGUUGUUCCUGGUUCUCGCAUUUUGAGUUGGUUUCCACGUUUUGAAUGA